UUUGCCAUUGAGACUGCUCAAUGAGUUUUUAAUAUUAAGAUAGAUAGUUGAUUAAAAAAAAUUAAGAUAGUUAUAUGUAUCCUUUUAUUGACAAAAACCUUUCUAAAUUCGAUUUUUUGGGUAAACUAUGCUGAUAAUCCACCAAGUUUUUGGUCUAAUCGACAAAAAAAUUAAGAGGAAAUGGCCACUAACGUCAUCGGUUCGUUCGAUUUUAGUCCCUAACGUUAUUAGUCCGUUCGAUUUUAGUCCUUCAACCAUGUUAGUGACUUCAACAAAAUUGACUUGAAAUAAAAGGGGCUAAACAAAAUAAAUAGCAUAGAGACUUAAACCGGAUGACCGAUAACGUAAGAUAUCAUUUCCCCUUAAUUUCUUUUUUGGUGACCAAAGUCAGUCAGACCGAUAACAAAAGGGACGGAUGACAACCUCUAAGAUUUCAACUUCUAAGAUUUCAACCUCGGACCAGCAAGGUAGAAACGUGAGGUGCAUAAAUGGUACAUCAGGGUCUAAUAGGACCAUAAAUUCCAGGAAGACGGUCUCAGUGGUGACCGAUACUGCAAAGGAGGUCCCGAUGUCUAGAAGAAAGAAUUUGCCUAGAAAGAAACACCCCGUAAAUGAGGAUCUUCCGUCUGGACAAAUUGUUCCUGAUAUUUCAUCUAGAAACGGCUGUGAAAGGUCAUAAAAUGUAAUGCUACAACCAAUGGACACUUGAAUCAGGAUGCACAUGUAAAGAAAACAAGCACGGAUGUUGUUUCGUUUACAUUUACAUCCCCCAUAUCAAGAUCCAUGCCUGACGUAUCUUCCACUAGUAAAGUUGAUGAAAACAUCUGCAGCAGCAGCUUUUAUACCGAUCCUUCUGGUGACAUGCUAUUUUCGAAAAGCUCGGCAUUAUCUUCUCCUGGAUUCAAUGUAAUUGGCGGAGAUGCUCUGAGUGCUAUUUUGAAGAAAAAGCUUCAGGAAUUGACAAGCAGAAUCGAGUCAUCCAACUGCAAUAUCAUCAUAGAGGGGACUUCUACUAGCCUUACACCCACUUUGAAAAAUUCAGUGCCGGCGACCACAACAUCGGCAGCACAUAACGAAAGGCUUCCGGUGGAUCAAGAUAAUGAUAUUGCAUAUAGCUCAGGUGACUUGGACCGAUCUUCUGACAACCUGGCGCAUGAUUGGAGAAGGAAGUGGCAGCAGUCCGAAGAAAUCGAAGAGCAAAAUGCAGCCUGCAGCAGCAGCGAGACUGGCAUAGAAGUCGAUAACCGACAUCCUGUCCUGCUUUCAGCUCUUGAACCUGCUGUCACUAGCGCUGGCUGCUCGAGUAGCAGAAACUGCACCACAACAUCGAUGUCGGAUCAAGAUCAAGAAGUGUUAAAUGGGGCCUCCGGAAGCGAGUCUCGGACAGAAAUCGGUACGGAGUUAACCGACUCAGCAUCUUCCAAACCUGCGGGAGAAACGAACGGAACGCUUUCAACUAUGGCAUCAAAUUCCACGGACUAUAAACAGUCAAUCAAAUGGGAAGCCGAUUUUGUGAAAAUGGUGCUAAAAGAUUCUGAGCUAUUGUUCAAAGAAUAUGCAUCGGGUCAGACCGAAAAGGUAAUGACCCUGAAGGCCUUCAAUCAACUCGAGCAUCCGAAUGGAACAGAGAGAAACGGAGAAGACUACAAGCUUGCACAAAAGCUUUUGCCCGAUUACGUGAGUGAAUGCUUGGAGGCGAGGUACCGAAAGGUUCUGGUCGGAAGCUGCAAAGGACGUGUUAACUGGGAAAAAACGAUACAGCAACCGGAUCGGUUGGACGACAAGUUGAGCAAAGAGAUUUCGGGCUGGAAAAGCAUGGGGGACACAAUGGUGGAUGAUAUUGUAGACAUGGACAUGAGCACAAAGCAUGGGAGAUGGCUGGAUUUUGACAUGGAAGCAUUGGAACAGGGUGUGGAGAUUCAGAAGAACAUACUAACUUCAUUAGUUGAUGAAUUAGUUUCUGAUUUAUCAUUUUAAGGCUGCUUUGAGAUUAGGGUAAUUCUGCGGGACUACCUAAUAAUUUAAGGCUAAAAUG